AUGGAAAAGUAUGCUGGAGAAGUGGAAGAGUAUAUGAAGCUGUGUUUUCCAAACGUACGUGGACGUGGUCGUCCAAUACAUGGCAAUCGCCCUACAGCUUCUCCAUCUUCGCCAAAAAGCACGGAUUCGAAUGGUUCCAGGCGUGGCAGCGGUCGCUACACGCACAGCCAUCGUCGAAAGGGUGCGAAACAUCCAGCACAAACGCGAAUCGACGAACUCCUCGCAAUGGCAAGUGCUAAACGGAUCAAGAAGGAUCAUGAUCAUGACAGCAAAAAGUUUGGCAUUUCAUGA